AUAGAUGCGGAGGAGCGGAGGCAGAGCGGGCAGCAGGGCGCACACUGUGGGGAAAUGAAACACGCUGCAGAUCCCGAAGCAGCAGACGAGCUGGGCAGAGCCUCCUUCUCCUCCACUCUUCUCCUCCCUCAGCGGGACAUCACACACCGUCCGGGAUCAUGUUGUUUCCUCAUGAGUUCUCAUUAUCGCCUUACUGGAUCGCAGCUGAGUGAAAGAGAAAGCCCACACUGGAUUUGAACCUACGCACUUGUCUUGUCCACCACCAACCAACCAUCGUGGAUGAGAUCUUUGCAUAUAGUUGAUGUUUGAUUAACUGCUGGGGUCCUUCUCCUCCCAUCUUUGUUUGUUGUUGGAUUAUUCCUGCCAUAAGGAGAUAUGUUGCUUUUAUGUCUUAUCAGCCUGGCCGUACUGUCAGAAGCAGAGAAGUGUGAGUGCAAAGAGCAAGCCCUGACCAACAGCAAACUCUUCUGCACCAUGAAUUAUGCAUACGUACUGAAGGUGAAAGUGCUGUCGGCUCACGAUAAGGGCUCCCAUGCCGAGGUGGAGGUCAAAGUUCAGAAGGUGCUCAGUCAGAACACCAAGGUGAAGAUACAGCGGGGCCGGGUCACUCUUUACCCCGAGUCCUGGACUGCACGAGGCUGCACCUGCCCCAUCCUGAACCCAGGUGUGGAGUACCUCGUGGCGGGCCAUUCGGACCGCAAGCAGGGCCGCCUCCUGGUCAACAUGAAGAGCUUCGUCAAGCCUUGGAAAGCCAGCUUGGGGCGCAAAGUCCUCGUGCUACUCAAGAAAGACUGCAACUGGUAGGCCGACCGUUGGAGGACAGACAAACACAUGGACAGAUGAGACUGUUUUUCAAACGAAACAACGCCGUGGAUUUGUGUUUUUCUCGUCCUCCAGAUGUGGAAUAUUGAAUCGCACAGGUCUGGGAAGCAGGCUUUCGGGGGCUGAACUGAGAUGACUGAAACCCCCUUUAUUUCUCUGCUGUUGUCCAAUGAGAGCAUAAACGCUAUUGGCGGACCGCACCAGCUAAAAGCACACAGGACUUAACUUUAUUAAGACUUAUUUGCACAUUCCUAUGUAGGAUUUCUUUCUGCGAGAAACUGGGGAAUCUGUGCUGUGGCCAAGUUUUAUUUUGAGUGAUGCCCCCUCACCCGUUGACAUACAUUAAAAUACACACAAAAAGACUGAACCUCUUCCUCUCUGCAGCACUUUAGCCUAAGAUGGACUGAAAGAAUAUGGACACACAAAGAGAGGCAGAUUGAAAACACACACACACACACACACACACACACACACACACACACUAAACCACCCUCGACCCCACGGACUGUGGAUGGAGCACGUCCAUUCCCCCUGUGCUCCGUUACAGUGGACGCACACACACACACACAUACAUACACACACACACACACAGGCAGGCAGCAGUGUGUGUGUGUGUAUGUGUGCUUCAGACAUAGCACCCAGAGUGACGCUGAACAAGCCAUACAAGCCACUACAGGUGGUUAAACCUUAGCCAGUCCAGGUGUGCCUGUGUUGAAAUCAGAGUGAAUGGGUUUUACCCCGAACGUGAAUGUAUUUGCCUGUUUUGAAAAUGUGUGUGUGUGUGUUUGUGUGUGUGUGACAGAGAGAGAGAAAGAGAGUGAGCGUGGUUGAAUGCAGAGGUAUAUAACGAGCACAGUCCAGAUUCAGUCCAGCUCUUUCUGUAGGUUUGCUUUCAGCCGUUCCAAUGUUUAUGAUACUGUGUUAUGUAUGUUGAUUCAUCUCAUAUUACACUCCUAAAUUCAGAACGUUCUUCUUAUUCUUUCCUUUGUGCUCUUGUACAGUAUUAUUUGUAUAUAUCUAUAUAAAUAUUAUUGUUCAUCUUUUUCUCACUCUGUUUAAUUGUUUUUGUAUAUGGUAAUAUUAAAGGAUAAU